AAAUCAGGAACUCAGUGUAGGUGAAACACACACACGCUGUGCUGUUAUUAAACUCCAGGCUGAAACAUGGCGAGGAUUCUCUUCUUCUUCUGUUUUUUUGCACUAAAUACUGACAGACCAGGAGCAGCUUCCAUACGAUUGUCAGCACUUGUAACAACACCAUCGCCGUCAAUUACUUCAGCAGUGGCGUGGGAAACCAGGAAUCUUGGUGGAUGGAUGUUCAGCGUGAUGCCCGGUGCUGUUGUCAGGUUCCACUCCGUCUCUCUCUCUAACGUCACUGGAAUCACGCUGUGUUUGAGAGCUGUGACGGAGAAAAAGUGGAUGAUUGAUGAUUAUCUUUCACUCACGUUUGGGAAAAACCCUGCCCUUUCUAUUAUGAGAAAUGACUUUUCUGAUUAUCUUUACAAGCUACAGGUAGCUGGCUACCAGGAAACGUUUAAUUUUUACUCCAUGGUACCGGUUCAGGAGGUUCACUCUCUGUGGAAGAGCCGUUGCUUGACCUGGGACUCCGGCAGUGGGAUGGCACAACUGUGGUUCGAUGGCAGGAUGAGCGUUCGCAAAGGACUGGGCAGAGGAACGGUGUUUUCGGGCCAGGCUGAAUUAACCAUGAGUGAGUUUGAGGGUCAGAUAUCUGAUGUCUACAUGUGGAAUUCGGUCCUCAGUGUUCGAGAGCUAAACAGGUACCUGCAUGGCCACUCCGUCCUGCCUCGAGGCCACAUCCUGGCCUGGACUCAGAUGGAGUUCGGAGCUAGCGGCUACGUGGUGCUACAGCCUGCUUACCCCAAGCGACUUCCUGCUGGUCCUGCUAAGCACAACAAGAAGAAAAGGAUGAAGCUUCUGAAGAAACGGCAGAGAAAGGAAGUUACUAAGCGUAAUAAUUACUGAGAGUACUUAGCAAUGCUGUGUUUCAUUGAUAUUUUUAUACAAUUUAUAAACAUCUUCCUUUCAUCUCAGUGUAAGCGAUAUUAAACCCUUUACUUACAUAUCGUUCUGAUACAGGUUCUUUUUCAAAAUGGCAGUUGGAGAUGUUAAUCUAUUAAAGAAGAGCAAUAAAAUACUUCAUAUUUUGAAACUAAAA